AUGUCUGUCAGCUCCAUAGCUAAAACUGGAAAGUUCAAGAAUUCCUCUUGUAUUUUAUAUGCAAAAAUGGGAACGAAAAUUUCAUUUCUGCUCUUUCUCUUCGUUCUUCCUGCUGUAUUAGCCGAUCUAAGAGUUGGUUUUUACAAACCAACUUGCCCUGAAGCAGAAUCUAUCAUAUUUCAAGCAGUGCAAAAGCGGCUCAAUACCGAUAAAUCAGUAACCGCAGCCUUGCUUCGCAUGCAAUUUCAUGAUUGCUUCGUUAGAGGAUGUGAUGCAUCAAUUCUUAUAGAUUCAACAAGCCAAAACCAAGCUGAGAAAGAUGCAGGACCAAACCAGACUGUCCGUGAAUACAAGCUUAUUGAUGAGAUCAAGAAAGCCCUAGAGGCUAAAUGCCCUUCAAAAGUCUCCUGCGCAGACAUCAUAACAGUUGCAACCAGAGAUGCUGUAGUUCUUGCUGGAGGACCGAACUACACUGUGCCUACAGGAAGGCGUGAUGGGCUAGUGUCCAAAGCGGGUGAUGUGAACUUGCCUGGACCACAAGUGACUGUGUCUCAAGCGUUUCAAUUUUUUAAAGCAAGAGGUCUAACCCUUGAUGAAAUGGUGACCCUUUUAGGUGCGCAUACAGUUGGUGUUGCACAUUGUAGUUUCUUCAGUGAACGGCUUCAAAAUGAUCCUUCAAUGGAUGCUCAGUUAGCUGCCAAACUGAGUAGUAUUUGUGCCCAUUCAAAUACUGAUCCUACUGUAUUUUUGGACCAAGGAACAGGUUUUGCUGUUGAUAACGAGUUCUACAAACAGCUCCUUUUGAAGAGAGGAAUAAUGCAGAUUGACCAGGAACUUGCCCAACAUGCCUCUACCUCUGGUUUCGUUUCACGUUUUGCCAGAGAUGGGAAUGGAUUUAAGCAGAGUUUUGGAAAUGCAAUGAUGAAAAUGGGGAGCAUUGGGGUUCUUGUUGGAAAUGAAGGAGAAGUGAGGAAAAAUUGUAGAGUUUUCAAUCCAAAAAAAAAACCAACUGUCCCAAGUCCCUCAACGAAAGCCAAGGUUUCACCUCCCAGCAAAAAAGCCGAUAAUACAAAGCAAAAGAAGCCUAAGGGUAAAGAACAGAAGAAAAAGAAUAAAGGAAAGAAACCUAAGGUUCCAUCGAAGAAAAACAAAAAGAAUAUAAUUAAGAGCACUGUAAUAAUUAAUUGA